AAUCCUUACACCAAGGUGUGUGCACUUCGCCGCCAAAGCUCUUCUGCUUCAUUGAAUUCACUAAGCUCUUCACUUAGCGCUGGUGGGGGAGUGAUAAACAGCUUGCGAUUAGAUGCAACGAAACGCCUUAAUCAGAGUUUGGACGAUAAUAUGCCACGCGCAGUGGCAUGCCGGCGACGUCACUCGUCAAAAGCUCAUCAAAGUUUAGACGAAUCCAAGAUGCUGUUGUUGAUGGAAGGUAUGGAAGAAGUAAUAAACGUCGAGUCCCAUAGUUUAACGUCCAAAACCAAGGCUGAAGAGAGUGCGGAAAAUUUCGAGGAUGACGAGGUUUUCACCAGUAACGAUAGUAGCGCCAAUAACGGUUCCAAAGAAAUUAAUCACUUCAUAUUUCAUCCAACAAAUCCGUUUAAAGAUGAUGACCACAUUAAGGAAGAAAUACUUGAAUCGUACAAGUCGCCUGCCCCUUCUAAUAAAUCACCUACAAGUGAUGGUAUGGCAGUGAAUGAUGCAGAAGAACUAAGUGAUGAAAUGGGACUGAUGGGAAAGAUUCCACAACUUCCUAAGGGGAUUGCCAAAUUGCAAAAUAAGAACAUUUUAUCGAAUUACAACACCGUUAGCAAUAUAAUAGCUAAACAAAUUGCAAAUGCUUCCAAUGUGGGCGAGAGUGUUCGACGUGUAAGCAGUGGCGGUGGUGGGCAUUUCAAGGACCUUAAAGAAAAAAUUGCUGCGACGAGUAGAAAAGGAUUGUCGUUCGAAGAGACAAACAUCAGUGCCACUGAAAGGUCGCAGCAAAAGUUGGUUAAAAAUUUCAAUGAAUUUUUGAAUUUCGCCUCAAUAAAUAAAAAUCGUAUUGCGGAUAAAUUUUCGACAACAUCACCGACGCUGUCAGGCAACAGUGCCACCAGCAGCAACUUUAGCAUGAACACUCGCUGUAAGGAAAAAUCUAAAACACCUUCGCCCACGCAUGCCUACACACAGACAAGCGCAGCAGCUUCCGUCACAUCAGCAGCUGCAUUCACAACACCACAUCCACUUGUGCAUCUAACUCGAAGCGGUUUUGUCUCCUCCCUUGACGAAUCAGAUUCAUCGUCUGUGCCUGAUACCACUUGGAGUGGCUCCACCGCGGCGACAGCAAUACAACAAGCAAAUAAUGCCAGCAAUAAUAGUUUGCAAUCGGAGCUUGCAUCGCUUGGCUCUUCGGCGGCCCCAACACCCGACCGCACACCAACCUACGAACGCAAAGCUGACACAGCGGAAGAACGUGAACUAUAUGCAAGUUGUUUACGGGAGGAGGCGCGCACACCCAUCAAAAAGCCGCCAGCAGAACCAAGUAUAACGCCCGAUGAUAGUCAAGAUCAAGAGUAUUACCCAAUGACAACAGCCAUUACACGCGAAUUGCGCUUGGAAGCUGAUAAUUUGGACCGACAGGUAUUUGGCGAUCCUGUUGGCCUGCCGCCAUCUGUCAAUUGUGGCAUUGAGUAUGAAAAACUGGAUAAAGACUCCUUGGACUUGGUAGAUGAUCUGAAAGAAAAUGAAAUAGUUGCAUGUCCUGAUAUAAGCGAGCUCCUUAUACGCCGUCGAAGCCGAAAUAGUCGCACAAAAAGCAGCAUAGAACCUUUGCAGCAUGUGUCCACCAGCACAGCAUGGCUCGAUGUAGAUGAGCUGCUUAGCGAGGCAAUUGAUAACAACUAUAAUGACGGCCAAGUAAAUGGUAUCGCUGAAACCACUGCAUUACCAGUGCAAAACAUGCUCAAUCCCUUUGUCGAUACAACCACGAAUUUGCGAAUAGAUGGCGUGACAGGUGUACUGCCCAACAGUAGUAGUUUGCCAGAAGUAUUGGUGCCGAUUUCCACAGACACCGCCAAUGCAUCGCCUGUAGAGUUGGCCACAAAUGCAGUUGAUGAAAUUUCAUUCGCUAAACCAACAGCACGAAAUGAAGAAGUGGCGGCGGCUGAUGUAAAUGCAUCGGGUGGUGGUGUCUCACUGGGGCCCACCCCGCCAGUCUUGCCGCCGCCCACAGAAUUCGGCGGUGGCAAUCCUUUUCUUGUAUUUCUCUGUUUAACAUUGCUGCUUCAACACCGUCAAACGAUUAUGAAAAGUGGCAUGGACUACAAUGAGAUUGCAAUGCAUUUCGAUAAGAUGGUGCGCAAGCACGAUGUGACGCGGGUACUCAAUCAAGCGCGUCGAAUGUAUAUCGAUUAUCUGAAAGUGCAAAAUGCCUACAAGCAACGACUACAACAGCAAGCGGCUGAGGAUGCGGCAAACAAUGAUAUAAAUAGGAAUUCAAAGGCGAAUGAUGCAGCAGUGGCGCCGAUACCGCGCACAAGACCAAGUUACUGUGGCACGCUUAGCAGCACAACAGCAAAGUCAUAGAAACGAGGGAGGAAGAGAGAUUGGACAGUUGUGCGGUGAAAGGGCACAGCUAAAAACAACUAUAAAGAGACACCAAAGAACUUUUUGAAAACUAACCCAGAUAGGCAGCCACGAAUUUGUUUUUGGUAUCUAAUUUUAUUUACUUUUCACGAGAAGUUGAGAUUUUACUAGUCUAAAUCAAGGUCUAAAUUUUAUAUUGUGUUUUUUUUUAGUUGUUUAUCUAAAUUAGUUUUAGAGGAAGAAAAGACUUUCGAGGUUUAAAUGUUGCAACUGGCAAGAGAAAGUAAGGGAAACUACAAAUGUUGAGGCAUAAACAAUACCUUUAAAGCGAGUUAUUGCUGCCUCUUUCAAAACUACAUAUUCUGAAUUAUUCUCGCUUUUGCUUGAAUAUGGAUUUUAGUUCACUUAUUUCUGACUGCGUUUUUUGCAUUACCUUCUCUAUCUGCCUGCGCAACAAUUUUCUCCGUGCGUUUUUAGAGAUUACAUUCUCCGCAUUGUACUUAAUAAGCAGAGUUAUAGCACUGCUAUGGAUUUAUGCCCCAGUACGUCGCAUUCCAUUUGCAAGAAUUCGCAUAAAUAUACAACGCUUCUACUUUACAACCGCCUAAUAUAAAUAAUUAAAAAUAGAACAGAAAAAACGGAAAAAUGUGCAUUACAUAUUUAGUGUAAAGUAAGAUUUUUCGCAAAUUAAAAUUCAAUAUUUUUGAUGUGUCCAUUAAAAACCCGUAAUAACAUAAAAACAAAAGAACAAAUUUCGAUAUAAAUUAUUUAAAUUCGCUUAAAUUGGAUAAAUUGACUAGGAAAUAGAAAUUUCAAUUGAUAAAUAAUAAAAGUAUUGAAUAAGACUUUAGUCUAUUGGUUAACUUUAUCACAUAUAUUCUGUAUGGUAAAUAAUAAGCAACUAAUAAAUAUUUAAUUUAACAUAAAAUUAAACAAAUCGAAUGUGGUGGUGCUAAUCUUUGGCAGCAAUUAUGUGUGAUAUGUUAAUGCUUUUUUUUAUAUUUUUUUCAGACAAUUAAUACUACAGGCUUUGGCGGCAAAGUUAUUCAAAGAGCUGUACACGUAAAACGCGUAAUCCAAACGUUGAUGGCGAUUAAAAAAAAUCGUCCUGGACAAUGAUGCACGUUUUUACCUAAACGGAUUCGUUAACAAGAAAAACUGCACCCAUUUGAUUUGGUUUUUAGGCUGGUGGAUUCGUCGCACCGUACUUUUCCGAUAUUUAUGCCGACAACGGCCCUAUCGUGAACAUCUGCGGUCUUAUUGAAUUAGUCUAUAGUUUACAUGUGAGAUUUAUUGAAAUGUUUGCUUUAUUUCCAAGCUGCAUGAACGAUUUGGCAUAUGCUGAUUACUGUAAACCCUCACUCCCUGGCUGCAUAAAAUUUUACUUUAGACCGAUAGCGCGAGUUCUUUCCACAAUGAAACAGACGUGUAUAUUAUUUUUCUUUUCAGCCGCAUGCUAGUACCUGUGCAUAACAUCAGAAACUACAUUUAGGACUGGGAGUCUACUCAAAUUUUUGUAUAUGCGGAUACUCGAAUAUCUCAUAAAAAGGGGUAUUCCCGGAUAAGAAAAGAGAACGGAUAUUAACAAAAUAUCCCAAUCUUACACGGAUGCACAAAUAUCCGAAGGGAUAUGCGAAUAAUCCCAGCCCUUUAUGGAUGCCAAGUCAAAGGAUCUCUUUACCCAAGAACCUUCCAUGCAUAGGUACAUACAUAUUUUUUGGGUUUAAUUAAACCAAGUUCAUUAGAAAGCUCGUAUUGUAACAGUAUACAACUUUUUUUUGGGGAAUGAUGCUGGAGUGACAAUCCUUGGCCCAGAUAUAAAUCUGGGCCGUUCCGCUGGCGUAUGUAGAAAGCAGGGCAAUCUAUCCUGUUCGAUAUCCCUCUUCCAUAUCUUUGUUCUAAUUCGUCAAAGUGUCUGCGUCGUAUAAAAGAACGGGCACAAUAUAAGAUCUGUAAAUCGUGUGAAAUUGGCUUCUCAGUUCCCUUUAUAAAAAGGUAUUCCUUUAAGGAACGCACUUCGAUCAGGAGAUCUAUUUUUCCCUCUUGCUCCUUACUGCACCUUGCUCAACCCUAGCUCCCUUAGGAAAUGCAGUAGGUUGUUUGGUGUCAUCGAGUGCAUGCGAAUGCAUGGCUUCCCUCCUCUCCUCGACACUGCAUAACAUUCGAAUGGCAUGGCUCAGAAGUUUCAGCUGUCCUGCUACGGAAACGAGUUUAUGUAGGUGACUUCUUUGUCUGCAAUGACCUGUUAAGAUAUCUAUUCGAAUUAUUAGUUUGUGUUUCGGGAAGUCAAUAAGCUAAUCAUAUAUUUUCCGAUUGCAUCCUUCCAAUACUACUCCGUGUAUUAUCGGGUUAUUCACCGUCGGAAUUGGUUCGCCGUCGUCGUGUGUGUAGUCUAACCUUCCUCUUAACUUGCGUUGGUUGCGCAUCUCGCACGUAUGUAAGUGUCUCGUUGCUCACUAAGCUGCCUCGAAAAAAAAAAUUGCACCGGGGACAACAUAAUAGGAUCAGAACUUUGUUAAAUAUAUUGUAAAGUACCCAUGAAACAUUUUAUGACAAUCGAUGAAGAUUUGUGUUAUUACGGUAUUCAAAAUAAUUACGAAACACACAUCUUUGAGGUUACACUCAAAUCAAAAAGAUAAUUUGAAUUAAGGAAUAUCGAAAAAAUAACGUUCCAUUUUGUGUUCGUAUUAUUCUCCCACUUGAGUAAUUAUCUCACGCAAAUAAAACGACCUUUUGUAUAGAGAAAAUACUUCUCUUUUGUAAGUUUUUUUUCUUUAUUAAAUCACAAAUCAAGGUUAACAAAAAAUUUGUGCUAUUACAGCUUGGUAAAAUUACUAGGGCAUAUACUGAAUUGAGGCAAAAAAGUUAUAAGAAAAUUAACACACAAAAAAAAUUGCUUGUACGGAAUAUAAUCAUAGACUGAUCUCAACCACCUGAAUGUUUCAUUAAAUAUUCAUCUCACUUGAGGAAAUUUAAUAAAAAAAAUAUUUUCUAACUAUCGAAAGGUAAGUAUGUGAAUGAUUAUUUAUUAUUUUAAAGCGUUGCUUCGAAAAAUGUAAGGGUCGAAAAUUUUCCUUUGGAUGAUUUUUGAAAAUGUAUAAACACGAGCGGCCACUUUUGCAGC